UCUUACUAGGGACAAGGGUAAAUAACUCUGAUGUGCAAAAUAUUUGUAAUAAGAGAAAACAUGUCUGGGGCGUGGGCGAGUGAAAUUGAACCAGAAGUAUGUAAAAUUUUGAUUGUUUAAGCCCUAGAUUUAUCCAUAGUUAUUUUACCUAUGUUUUUAAUGGUAUAAAUUAAUUUAGUGUGAUAUAAACUACGAAAAGCUAUUGUUGAUUCAAUGUUUUUCUACGACAGAUUGAUCGUUAGUAGAAUUGCCUGUUCUCGAUAACCGGCACUUGUCGGCUACUCUAAUUUUCUUUCACUCUCUAUUAUUAUUUUUUUUAAAUAUGAGUAAUUUAUGGCUUAAAGUUAGUGUGAAUGAAAUAAUUACUUGGCCUUUAUAUUAUUUUAAACAAAUCGUUGCAUUACGUAUUAGCCUAUGAUCUCUAUGCAAUUUCAAAAUGUCCAAAUGAUUUCCCUUUUAUACUUUUAACUUUUACUGAAAGUUUCAGUUUUAGCCUUCCACUUCCACAAUUUAAUGUAGUAGUUUAGUUAAACCUCGGUGCCUAUGCUAGCCUUUUAUGUACAGACUAUAGCGACUUUCUAAGGAACUAGAAAUUUGAAAAAAAGGGUUGGGUAUGUGAGUAUGUCACACUAUCACUAUCCUCACUAUCACUAUGUGAUCAACAUUGAUUUUAGUUUUAGUAAUAGUAGACCUUAUUUGCCUUAUCACUUUUUAGUUAUUAGUAUUAGCCUAGAAUUGGCACCAUCCAUGUCAUGUGUAUCAUACUUAGUACAUUAUCAUGUUAACUCAGUUUUAACUGUCACUGUUUUAGUUAAGGCAGUGUCUACACGCAGGACGUAUAUCUCCCGCACUAUUUUUCUGGCGACCAAGUCAUGGACCGCAGGGAGAAAACUUUAUCGAGAUAUUCGUCCGGUGGCCAAGUCACAUGACGGUAGUAACAAAGUGGCGAGAGAUAUAAAAAUAAUAAUUUAUAGAAUUUAGCCAAUUUAGUCCGUCAGCCUUGUCACGUGACAAAAUAUCUCUCGCCACUUUGUUACGGCGGUCAUGUGACUUGGUCGCCGGGCAAAUACUGCGGGAGAUAUAUGUCCGCCCGCCGGACGUUUAGACACUGCCAAGUAAUUAUGGACUCUAGAAGGAAGCAAUGCUGAAAGGGAGACAAUUACGGUUAUACAAAUACGAAUGGUAAAAAUAUAAUAGUGAGGGUGAUAAAUAAUUAAGUUUAAUGGCGGGGAGGCCGAUAGUUUACAAAGAAAUAGACCCUACAUCUUAAUAUAGGGCAGAUAUAGUGGUAGCCUAGCCUACUUCUCAUAUAAUACUAAAUAAUAAAUACUAAUCCUGAAUACAACUUUAUUGACAUAGGUCUAUUGAAGUCUACUGGUCUUAUUUUAUUUGGUUCAUAUUUUAAAUUUAGGCAUAAAGGUAGAGCUUUAUAAAAUGUAUUAACCAAGAUUAGGGACUUUUUUCUUUGACUUUGAAAAAUCGGAAUCAAAUAGACUAGUAAUAGUUGUAGUAAUAGUACUACUAGUUAGUAUCUAGGCCGACUAGUUUAAUAUUCAAAGUCAAACACUUUAUGUAUCUCAGAGCAUUAGAAUAUAUUAACAUUUUCAGCAUUUAUUUAUUAUCUAGGGAUCGGAAUAUCAAUUAAAUUUGCCGGCGACCACUUGUCACAUGACCUGCCGGAAUAAUAACGCCUACCAGUCGCCCGGCGGUCAUGUGACAUGCUCGCCGGACGUAUAUCUCCCGCUUUUCUUUUAGUUAAUAGUAUUAAAUGCUAUUUAUUGAUGACUGAUCACUUUUAAGCAGAGUUUUCAAUUAAAAACUCCAUGUCCAUAUUUAACAGAUAGAAGUAUAUUAAAAUGGUUUAAUAUAACAAACAAUGAACAAUUAAGCAUAUUUAUUGUUUUUUCGCCAAUUAGGCCUUGUGUGUCUUAAACUAGUUAUACUUGUAUAAUUUAGUUGCCGUACAUUGGUUUUUAAAAGAUAUUUUUUAAUUUCUAAGUUCUCCUGCCUUGUAUACAACAAAAUCAAUAUAAUGAAUGGUGCAAACCUCUUGAGACUGAGCCAUUUAGACUGUCUGUGCCUAAAAGACUACGUCCUUUUCACAAGCAUUGCACUAACAUUGCAAAACAAUUUAUAAAAAAUACACUCAUUACUUUAAAAAUAUUAAACUACAUAUAUUCUCUUGUAGAUAAUUGAAAAAAAAACAAAUACAUUCUUUAUGGAUCAAUCUGAAAUUUCAACAUUAUGACACAUCCUGAUUUGCAUAAUUUUUGCAAGCAAUUUUUUAACACUUGAAAUAAAAUAGUGAGAUGAAAAAGAAAUGCAAGAAUCAAUCUGAAUAUCUGGUAUGAAGAGCCAGGCAAUCUGGAGGCUUAUAUUAUUUGGCCGAUAUAUCGACCUUUCACCUUUUUCGCUAUAAAACUCUGGGCUGAUAGAUCGGCAAAGCCAUCUCAAGGGGGUUAAUUUGUUUCACACACCAACUAACAGACACAGUCAUACACUGAUACGAAUGACUGUCUUAUAUUUCAGAUUGCUACUGUCUAUUACUAUUACUCUAUUAAAACAUACUCUAUACUAAACUGUACUGUUCUUGCUUUAAGUCAUAAGAUUAAGUUAACUACUAAACAGUAGCAAAGGCCAUUUAUAUUGGCAGAUUUGGACAACAGACAGUAUUAGUCAUUUUUUUUAAUCAAAUGAUUUUCAAUGCAAUUUUAAAAAUAGCAGAACUUUACAUCACAUCUUUGUGAUUCACUGUUAAUUAAUUUUUUUUAAAAAUAAGUAGUGUUUCCCAGUACAUCAAAUGAAGUAUCUGUGGUGUGAAUGCAGUGAACCCGCAGAAGUCAGUGGACUUUCAAGGACAGCCAAAUGAGCCAUUUUAUUUCAUGCCAUCAGUGUAUUCUGCAUCCUCUUUACUCCUCCCUUACCAUUACCCCACACCACUUAUGAAAUAGAUAAUAUUGUUUGUGACUUCUUUCUUCCAGUAUGUGCCAGGAUACUACGGGCCUUAUGGGGACUAUGACAUGUCCCAUACUGGUAAGAACAUUAAUUUUUAUUAUAUAUAUAUUUUUUUUUAAUUUGCCUAGUUAAUUAUAUCAAUUAAAGCUUAAAAAUCCACAAAAACUGUAUUAAACAAGUGUAUUUUUCAGUGUAACAAGGUUUGAUUCUUUUUUAAUGUUUUCCAAUUUUGAUCAGAUCAAUUAUCCCAUUGGCUUAUGUGUAAAGUUUUCACUAGAUAUAUGAAUGGUUGAUAACUCCAUUAAAGCAACAACAGCAAAAAAAUUGCUUAGUUACUGUAGUUAUGACAAUUUUAAAUGUUUUUUGUUUUAUUAAUGUGCAAUAUCUAUUUAGAAUGGAUAUAGUCCAAUGAUUUUGUCCAAAUAUUAACAUUGCAAAAUUAAAUUCAAGUGAAACGAAGGUGGAGGGUUCUUUAUACCCUCUGGCCUAAAGUAACCUUGAAACAUUUACAAAACUUUAUUUUUUUGGGUGUCUUAUGAAGAGACAUAAAGCAUUCAUAUAAAAUACACACAAAAAUCCAGGUCAUUGGCAAAUACUUGUCUUAACAAAUGUCUCACUUUAGCCUAGAAAAUUUCUCCAACAUCUAUGCUCUUAUCAAGAUUAUCUUAGUUUCAUUUUUAUUGUAACUCUUUUACAAGUUAAAAAAAUAUCUACUUUAUUUCGUAUUCUUAAUUUAAUGUUGAUUUUAAGUAUAUUCCUUACUUGCAUUCCUCUUCUUUAUAAUAACUACACUCUAGUAUUAUAGAUUACCUUUGUUUCUUUGGCUAAUUUAACCCAGUAAUCAUAAAGGGGAAAGCGCAUUAUAGUUAAUGACUGUUAAUAGCUGUUUAAUCUUCUUUCAUGCAAUAAUGCUACUAUUGUCUCAACCUGAAUAUAAAUUUUUAGUAAUCUUAUUUUGUAUAUAAUAUAGUGUCUAUCAAUUUUACCAAAACAUCUCAUAUAUCACUACAAUAUCUAAAUGUGUAUUUAAUAAAUACUUUAAUAAAUAGGUAAAAUAGAGAUGUUGGGGGAAAUUCAUUUUCUCUUAUGCUCUAGCCCAGUGGUCGACUAAUCUGAGUGUGGCUUGGCCAGCCAGUCACAAAUUGGUCUUGGCACCAAAAAACCUGGUUCUUGACAAGUUUUUGCAAAGAAAGUUGGCUCUAAAAAAAAUUUUAAUCGCCCUGAUGCUGAUUUUUAGCUCAUUUGACAAAUCAGUUUGCCAACCACUGCCCUAGCCCAUUUACUGAUAAGCCACCAUGGAUUUAGAUACCUGUGAUGUCGAGAAGAGGGAUGAGUCGUAUCUCUGAUUUUUAUUAAAAUAUUUGGUUUUAAUAAAGGUGUCAACACUCUAAGGUUACAUGGUAACAUUAUGAAAAGUAAUAAGUUGAUUAGUUUAGUUAUUUUUAAUAUGUUUUUAAUUAUAUUAAUGUUUUAAAAUGUAGAUAACGCUUCUUUAUCAUAAUAUAGGUGAUCCUCGCCAGGACUUGGAGUUUGAACGACAUUACUCUGCUCACAGCUACAUUGUACCUGAAGUGAUCAAGAACUUUUUGCUAUUUUUUCAAAAAUGCAUCAACUCCCAAGAUCUUUUAGAAAUUCAAAACUCAUAUGAAAAUGGGUGAGCUUUAGAAAUUGCAAUUUAUUUUGAAAAGCUAUAUAAGAUAGAGUGAUUUUUAUUUUUAAUAAGCAUCUUCUCCAAUAUAUAUAUGGCACCCUUCCGCCUUCACGACACGAUCUUUGCUCGUCAAGUGGCUAUUGACACAUCAUCAAAUGGCUUAAGAAGGCUGAUCCUGGAAUGGCAGUCUUGGCUGCACUUCUUGCAAGAGAACCUUGACUCCUGGUUAAAUUUUGCCUCCUGUAACGCUCUUUUUGUUGUAAGGGCUUUGUUUUUACAUAUCUGCUGCCUGUUUGGUUCCAGCUGAAACUGUGCUCCCAUUCGUUGCUAUCUAUUUUGGCUUCCCUCGUGUUCCUUUCACAAAUGGCCUUAAAUCUCAGUGUCGGCUAUCCAAUAAGUCAUGCCCCUUCUGCCAACUCUCCAUACAGCUGUUCCUUUGUAAUACAGCCUUCCUCUAUUCCCCUUACAUGGCCUAAACAGCGAAAGCACCUCUUGCUAAGAGCGGAGAACAUGCUACACACUUUGGCACUUCCAAAACCUCAGUGUUGGUCACUUGGUCCUGUCAUUGAAUUCGCAAAGUGCGACACAGACAUUUUUGGUGGAACCUGAGUUUCCUCUCCUGACUAGUACAUUUGGUCCACACUUCUUUACAAUAUAGGAGCGUACGGAGCACAUAUGCCUGAUAGAAGCUUAGUUUAAUGCCUUCAGUUAGUUUUUUUUAUAUAUAUUAAGAACUUACAAUUCUUUAAGUUUAAGCAAAAUGCACCCAAAAAAUGUGUUAUAAUAAGAGGUAUUGCUGUGACAUUUUUUUAUAUUGGCUUAACAUAAAAAUUUAUAUUUGCAGGUUCAACAAAUUAACGGAGCGUUUCUUUAAAAACAGUGCAUGGCCAGAGGCUGAGGUAGUCGCCCCUAUUGUUGGACAUGGUAAUGAAUUAUCGUUAAAUUAGUCAAUGUAAAUAUUUGUAUACAUUUUAUUUAGAAUUUAUUAAUUAGGGCUUACUAAUUUUGUCCAUAAUAUUUUUCGUCGUCAGACAAGCGCUUCCUUAUCUUGUACAAAGAGCUGUAUUAUCGUCAUGUUUACGCAAGAGUUUCAGUAAGUUAUUUUAAGCCACUCAACUCUACUGUUUUGCAUUUGUUUAUUGAUGCUCGGCAAUGUGUAAUUUGCUAAUUAGAUAAUAUUAUUAUGGGGGGUUCAGCCUGUCACAAGGCUUUUUUUUUUUUUAACUUUUUUUUAAUAAAUCCUUGCCCAAACAAUUUAUGAUUAAAAGUUUAAUGUCUUAGCAUGUGGCGUUUUUGGAUUCAAACAUGUCUUCUUUGGAUGAUAGUAAAAUUUUGAAUUUCUCCUAACUUGCUCUUGAAAUGUGAUAGUCUUAUCUAAAAGUGCUGUUUAAAAAAUAUAUCUCUGGUUGACAGAUUUAAAACUUGUUGUUUUUGUUUUUAAAAGGGAGGACCAACUCUGGAACAGCGUUUUCAGUCUUACUACAAUUAUUGCAAUCUCUUCAACUACAUAUUAAGUAUGUUUAUAAAAGAAAUAAUUAAAUGGAUACAUUUUUUUUAUUAUAACACUGGAAUGUGAUAUUUAUUUAGAUUAGUUAAACCAUCAUCUAAAAUAGGAAACUAAAGUAUUAGAUUCAGUGCUAAUGAAAGUGAGAGUUCAUAUCUUUAUUUAAGUGAGCUUGGAUUAGUUUUAAAUUGAAGGUAUUUAUGUAUUGUUUCAACGGCCCACUAGUUUGUAAUUUUUUUUAAAAAACAAAACCAAGACUACCGGUAACAAAAAAUUUGAGAUAUAUUGCAAAUGACAUGAAGCACAAUGAACAGCAACAUUUCCAUUUGCAUAGAUGCUGAUGGACCUGUUCCCCUGGAGUUGCCUGACCAGUGGUUGUGGGACAUAAUUGAUGAAUUCAUCUAUCAGGUAAAAUUCUACACUAUAGAAUUAUUCCUAAACAUAAUUGUAUGUGCUGUCACUAUAAAAAUUAUUUUAAAACACUCAAGCGCCAAAAAGUGAGUCUUAAUAGAAUAAAAGAAAUGUAUAUUCAUAUAUAGAUUUGGUAUAUAAAUUUAUAUAAUAUAUUGAACAAGUACCUUUAUUACAAAAUUUAGGCUUUCAAAUUUCUUUUUAGUUUCAAGCAUUCAGCAUCUUCCGUCACAAGCUGGCUAACAAAAAGACUGAGGAUGAAAUUGAGCUUCUAAGAACCAAUCCAAAGGUAAACUUUUUGAAAACUUAUUCAGACACAUCAAUGUAUUGACCCUUUAGCUGUCAAGUCAUUUUUACCAUUUUCAUAUGCUUUGUCAAAAAUGGAAAAAUCUCAUGCUAAAUGAAUUCAGAGACCCUUGCAAUAAUAUAUCUUCUGAAAGAACAUGGGGCACCGAAUCUUAUGGUAUGAAAAGAACCCAACCUAAUUCUCCAUAAAUUAUUCAAACUAUCUUGAAAUCAAGUUUUUUACCUUCUACAAGCAAUAUUCUUUUAUUGAUAUUUUAUUUAUAAUAAAAAUUAUAAUUUUGGUGAAUUUAUUACAUUUACUACCUUCAAAUUUCUGUCAUACAAUUUACACGAGGGAGAGGAUGAAAUGAGUUCAAAAAUUCCUUUUCAAUUGAAGUUAUUCAAUCCAAUUUUUUUAAUUAACUAAUACUCAUGAGCAUACACAAAUAUAAAUCUCUUUAGGUUAGGUAUUAGGAAUCUAAUAAUUUAGCAUAUAUCACAUCCAAAUUAUCACAAAACAAGCCCUGAUAAAAGCGUGUUAACGCACUGAUAUAAACAGUAAUGGGAAGCAAACUCAUUUGUAUAGAAUGAUUUCCCCUUAACCAAAAUGCAUUAAAUCAUUUUCAUCUUUGAUGACAGGCGAACAAUUUGCAAUGACAACACAGAAAUGGGUCUAGUGCAGUGGUUCUCAACCUUUCUAGUGCCGCGACCCCUUAAUACUGUUUCUCGUGUCGUGGCGACCCCCAAGCCACACAAUUAUUUUCGUUGCUACUUCAUAGCUGUAAGGAUAUAUGUUUUCAGAUGGUCUUAGGCGACCCCUGGAAAAGGGUCCCGGGACCCCCAAAGGGGUCGCGACCCACAGGUUCAGAACCGCUGGUCUAGUGGCUGAUGAUCAAUGUUGAAAUAAUCAGACCUGUUUAUGAUUUUUGCGUACAAUGUACUAUUUUGAGAUGACUUUUUCGAUUGUACGCCAAAACCUGUAGUACUACAAUUUUAAGAGACCGGGUUGAAAAUACAUACGUUACUGUAUUUUUUUCCGAUUAAAAAAUAUAUACAUGAAUUUUAAAAAGUACAUUUUCGGUUGCUUGUUUUAAUUUGCAUUCUACGUCCAGCAGUGUGUGGAUCGAGAAAUAUGAUUGGUUGGGGACCAUCUAUAAUUAUAUUAUGUUUGACCUGAGAGGCAAAAAGGAGUGGUGUUGGUUUAGGAUAUUUUUUUCUGUAUAGGCAGCGGGUCUAAAUAUUAAAUGUAUAAAACACUGCGACUUUUUUGUAACGUUAGUGGGUGGGGCCAUGGCAGAAAGUAUGUGCGUUAUUCAACAAUUCUACAAUAUUCAUCCCGAAGUUCUAAAACUAAAAAAAUAGCAUAUUUAUAUCUUGAAUGCUGUAAUAUAUCACCCUAUGUUUAGUGGUAGUAGGUAUUAUUGUGGUGAUGUUGCCCUGUAUUUUCCCAAAUGAACUCACUAGCUUACUCAGAUAGUACUCAGUAGUAGAGAUGUUACAGUAAUAGUUAGUCCACCGUCCCACGGUCUGUUCAACAUGCUUGUGAUGCAUAUUUUGUUGUGCUACGCCAGUGGUUCUAAAAUUUUAGUUCCCUGGCACCCAUGCCAAAUUUAGGUAUUCUCUAGGCUUUCUGUGUGUACACUUCGAACUUGCGAAUUCAUAAGCAAAAUAAAAUAAAGGGUUGGGUAAAAAUAAAUAUAACAUGUAUGAAGGUCACUAAGCACCAUCUAGUAGCUGCAAACAGUAGUUACUCAAGUGGGUUACUGUUUGCACUACCACCGAAAGUUGUCACAUUGAAUUUAAAGUAGAAAUAAAAAUUAUGAAAAUUGUGUAAUAUUUCGAAACAACCCUGUGAGGAAGCUGCAGCAACCCAUGUAGAAAGAUGUUCAUCCCUCAUGUAUAAUUUAUUGCGCCCUUUAUCUUUGAUAAGUAAAUGGGAUUUUAUAGUUAAAUUCACGAGAAGGUCCUUUCUAAAGACGAUUUUUGGCUCCUGUUGCUCUUUGCCCCACACUCAUGGCCCUUCUCGAGGGCAGCGAGCACCCAGGGUGAUGCAGUGUAUAUUCUGGGAACCGCUGGUCCCACUGAAUUGUCAGUCAAGAAAAACCAUGUCACAUUUCGAAUACUGUAACAUCAAAAAUAUAUAAAGAUUAUUCUUAGUAAAAAAAAAAAAACGGGUAUGCGUGCAACCAGGUGUGAGUGUAAAAUUUUGACUUUUUUUUGCGCACAUACAAUGGCCCCUACUUACGUCUUUUUGCUUCUGUUUGUAUGACAUAAUUUUGUGACAUAAUUAUUUCUUACGAUGACCACAGAGAGUACAGAAAAGGAGAAAACUAAAGAAUGCAUUCUCAACUGUUCUGCCCGGCAAAUAUAGAUUUUAAGAAACGUACAAAACAUAUGUAUGAUUAUUAAUACCCCCUCUUCCUUUGACCCAUUUACAAGUUGUGGUAGUAAUCUGACUGUAAUAUGUUAACGGUAAAUAGGUAUAAUGGAUAUUGAUUCUUAUUUUUUCAAAUUAACAGCUUUUCCUAAAAAUAAAUCUCAAGUUAUUUGGUAGGUUUUUUUUAAUGAUGCCCAAAUUUGCUAAUUAAUUCUUAUUUUAAUAAAUUUUAUUUUAUGCUCAUCUGACUUCGAUAAUGUGAUCUGAACGUUCACCUAAAUAUGAAUAGAUAUCUAUAACAGAUACACCUCUAUAAAACAAAGUGACUGCAGUUUGCAAUAUAAACGUCAGUCAUCCACUUUUUACCUUCAGUUACCCUUAACUUGAUAAUACUUGACACACGAUGCCAGUAGUUAUUGUAUUGAUGCGAGUAUUUGCUAUUAAAAUUCUGAACUGUACGAUUUUGAGAUGACAUUGUACGAUUUUAGAGGUCUGAGGAUUAACAGGUCUGAAUAAUUCUGCGAAAUAUAGUUAUAUAUAAGCUUCAUAAUGUUUUUAUCCUGAGGCGGAUCAGAAUCUUGUGUAAAAGAAAAUUAUGAAACAUUAACAGAGUAUAUUAUAUUAUUUUAAAAGCUUGAAUAAAUACUGUGUCGUAAGUAAUAAAAGUUAUAGAUUGUGUUUUAAAUGUUUCAGAUUUGGAAUGUUCACAGUGUGCUUAAUGUGCUUCACUCUCUUGUUGAGAAGUCAAACAUUAACAAACAGCUAGAGGUCUACACAAGUGGUGGUAAGUUUUAAGUACUUAUUUAAGAUUAUCCAGAUGAUAUAGCUUGAUUUUUUUGUAUAUCUCUUUUGUUAUGUAACUUUUUCUUUUGGUGUCUUCUUGUUUCAAAUUUUAGGGGACCCAGACAGUGUUUCAGGAGAGUUUGGACAGAACUCUCUCUAUAAAAUGCUGGGUUACUUCAGCCUUGUAGGACUUUUGAGACUUCACUCUCUCCUGGGGGACUACUACCAAGCACUUAAAGUGCUUGAAAAUAUUGACUUCAACAAGAAGGUAAGCAUAAUUAAGACUUCUCCAUAUCAAUUUAAAAAAUAAUGUCCACCCAUCAAACAAUAAUUUCCAGACUGGUUUACUCAUAUUAAAAUGGUAUAAUUUAUAUAAUAACAUCAUUUCUUUUAUUAUUAUAUUUAUAUUUCUAGAGUUUGUACUCAAGAGUUCCUGCCUGUCAGAUCACCACAUUCUAUUAUGUAGGCUUUGCUUAUAUGAUGAUGCGGCGCUAUCAGGAUGCUAUCCGUACUCUUUCUAACAUCCUGUUGUAUAUACAGAGGACAAAGACCAUGUUUCAAAACAGGACACAGUUAUAUGAUCAGGUAGGUUAACAUUUUUCACUUAUUAAAACAACUACUUUAAUUAUAAUUUGAUAGCCAAAUGAAACCAUACAUUUUUUAAUAUAUAAUGCUAAUUUGCUAUUAAUAUGUUGUAUUGUAUAGAUAUCAAAGAUGAAUGACAAAAUGUACACUCUACUGUCUAUGUCCCUGGUCCUCUACCCCAUGAGAAUAGAUGAGAGUGUGCACUCCCAUCUGAGAGAAAAAUACCAAGAUAAAAUGAACAGAAUGCAGAAAGGGUAACAAACAGAUAUAUUUACAAAAUUAGUAGUUGUUUUUGAAGUAUUUAAGUCGAAUUUCCAGAUUUUACAUGUUGCUACAUAGUUUUUUAGUUCAAAAAAUGUUUAAAUCUUUUGAACUUUGCAGGGAAAUGCAAGAGUUUGAAGCUUCAUUCUCCUUUGCCUGUCCAAAGUUUUUGUCACCUGUACCACCCAACUAUGACACAGAGGGCUCAGCAAAUUUAUUCAAGGUUUGAAACUAUACUCUAUUAAAAUUGUAUUUGGGUUUUUAAUUCAUUGUAUUAAAAUUCAUCUACUUUUUUGUAAAUAUACACUUCUCCUAAAAUUCAUUUCUAGUUUACAUGCUAAAUUAAUAUUAAGCAUGUAAAUUAAAAUUAAUAGGAUAUUUGAUUUUUUUUUCUUCUAUUAUUUAGGAGCCUUAUCAACUUCAGCUUUUGGUAUUUAAAGAUGAGGUACAGCAACAAAUUCAAGUCCCUACAAUUCGAAGGUAAUUUUCAGCCUAAUGAAAGAAAAAGCAUUAGUUUUAUUGCCAUGACUUGAGUAAUUAUUAUUUCUCUAAAAUUCAUGUUUCCCCUUACAGGAUAUUGUAAUCGUUAUAUUUUGUGUUGAUAUAAGAUAUUUUGUAACAUGAUUUAUGUUGUAUAAAAGAUUAAUUUAUUCAUUUUUUGCUGAAAGGCUUAGGCAAUAAGAAUAAGAUAGCAUAUUCUUUUAUUGCAGAAAAUAGUUAUGGUACCAUCAUAUAGUUUAUUUCUUUUUCAAUACUGGGACCAUGAAUUAGGCUAAAAAUGGUUCAUUUAGGAAUAUUGAGAGAAAAAAGAUUUUGAUAAUCUUCUUUGAGUCUUAAAUACCGGUAUAUAGUUUUAAUCACUUUGCUUCACUCCCAAAAAAAUGAAUACAAUUUUUUUUUUUCCCUUUCAUUCACUGAACUAAGGUUUUAUUUAAAGUGAGUAUUCAUAAAAUAUGUUUAUUUUGUUUGCAGCUACCUGAAGUUAUAUACUACACUGCCCAUUUCAAAACUGGCAACAUUUAUGGAAAUGGUAUUUUCUUAUUUAUUGUUCAUUAUCUAAUCUGUAUAUUUUAAAUUCAAAGAGCAAUUUUUAUGUAAUGUAAUGACACAAAAAUUUAACCAAAGAAAUUUAAAAUAAAGUGUCAUUUUAUUUAUUUUCAGAAAGAAGAUGAGCUUUGCACUCAGCUGAUGUGCUUUAAGGUGAGGUUUGGUGAAAGUUCUAUUAUGAACUGUAAUUUUGAUCCUCCAAUUUAAAAUUUUUAUCACUGUCACAGAUAUCAUUAUGAAUGUAUGAACCACUAAUGGGAGAAAAGUAAUAUUCAUAUACUUAAUAUUUAUUGGGCAUAUUAUACAGUAACAGAGUGUUGGGACUUGCGAGGACUGGCCAAACAGAGUGUUUAAUUUAAAAAAUGAGAAGAAAAUAAUGAGGUGGAGCGUGUACAGAGACACUUGACAGUUUAUUGAGAUUUUAUUAAUAACAUUCUCAAGAAAAAUAUUAUUUUAUGAAGUGUAAUAGGAAUCGAAAUUUGUAUGAUGUGAUUCGCAGUAUAUUUAUUAUUUUGGAUAUAAUUAGUCACUGUUUGAACCACAUCAUUUUGGGUAUUUUUUACAACUAAAUAUAACAGUGACUUGGUCACUAUUACUUGCCAUUAGUGGUUCACACAUUUAUAAUGAUAUCUGUGACAAACGCUAAAAUUACUUAGAUUUUCAUUAGGCAUUAGAAUAACUUCUACUUUUUUUUAUUUCAAUAUUAAUUCAGAAUUAAAUAAUUGAAUAAUUUAUUUAAAUCAAAUUUUGCUUCCUAAAAAUUAAUUGGUUUUUAAGUUUUGGCCAAUUUCAUUCAUCUUCAGCAUAAAAUGAAAAAUUUGGUUUGGACAAAAGGAACAAGUGGACUUGAGGGAGAGUUUCAGUCAGCUUCAGAAGUAGACUUUUACAUUGACAAGGUAUAUUAUGGCUGAAUGCCCACCCCCCACCCCUUUUUUUUUAUUAUUUUUUUUUUUAUUUAAAACAUAUAAAUAGAGAGAGGAUACUUUUGCAUAAUGUGAAAUGUUUGAAAGUAGUGUUGUAAUCUAUUGCAAAGUAGCAGAAUAUAAGAUUUUUAAAUUUUCAUUUUGUUUAAUGUUUAUGCUGCACCUAAGAAAGUUUGACUUCUCUAUCUCUGACCAAUAUCAUCUGUCUUCACUUGAUAAAUUUCACUGAUCUGUUUCUUUUAGUGUUCAAAAUUCUUUUCUUAAAAGAUAAUGUUUCUUUCCAUAAUUUUUUUUAAUAUCAACUUUCAGCUAAUUAAUAUUUUAAAACUACCUCUCACAGAAUAUGAUUCAUAUAGCUGACACCAAAGUGGCACGUAGAUAUGGUGACUUCUUUAUUAGACAGUUUCAUAAAUUUGAUGAGGUAAGAUGAAAAUUUUAAGCUUACUAUUGGCACGGUUAAUUUUGAAUAUGUGUACUGGUACAUUUAGUAGAUGCAUCACUACAAGCAGGGCUUGAAGGUAAACAAAAUACAUGACAUAAGAGCAGACAGAUGAAACCAUUUAAAUAAGAAACCACACUUUUGAAAAAGUACAUCAGUUCAAAUAUCAAGGAUGUUAUAAACAAUUAAAGAAAUUAUCAACAGAAAUAAAAGAAAAAAAUAUUUUCCAGAAACAGGCCACGUUCUUCAGUUGUCACAAAAUACUUAAAAGUUAAAAACAUUACAAUUACACCAAAAGAAAACCACUAAAUAUAAAACUAUAAUCAGACCAGUAGAAACAUACACCAGUAAAACUUGGACCCUAACAAAACAGCAGAAAACCUAUUAAACACAUGGGAGAGGAAAGUUCUGAAAAUAUACAAACCAACACCAAAGAUGAAUAUGGAUGGAGAAUACAAACCAACCUGGAAUUGCAUUGAUUACCGUACAUCAGAAUCCCAUGCUAGUAACAGAAAUAAAGAAGGGCAAGCUGCGCUUGACGCGGAGAACGAAUGAUGGAGGGGUGAAGAGGGUGCACCACUAAAACCCCAGAGGAAAAUGGCUCAGACCUUGGCUUAGAUGGGUGGAUGAUGUGAAAACAGUUCUAACACAGCUGAAAAUUUAAGCAUAGAAAAGAAAGGUGUCAGGUCUGAGUGGGAAAAAGUGGUGAGGCAGGCCAAAACCCUAUACAGGCUGUAGCACCACUUGGAUGGAUGGAUAGAUUUACCGGUACAGUUUGAGUUCAUUUUGUUUAAGAGGGUGGUGGUGUCUAGUAUAUAACAAUGGAAAAACAAUCUUUUUUUUUCUUGCUUGUUUCAGAUAAUGCGCUCACUGAAGUCUGCAUAAAUGGAUACUGCAAUGUUCAACAGGUUUCAUCAUCUGAAGUGAUUGCAAUUUCCUUUUCUUUUUUUUUUUAACUUAUCUGGUUGUAGGUGUCAUGUCAUUAAAAGAUCAAUGUUAAUGCAAAAAAUGAGGUUUUGAAAAAAAGGGUUUAAAUAACUUAAUAAACUGCCUCCCAACUUUCAUAAAAGAGACUGAUUAGCAUGUGUAUAACCAGUUCUAGGUGAGUAACUAUUCAUAUUCUCCUAAUGUUUAAUUUGACCAAUCCAUCAAAAAAUUACCCAUCCAUCAAAAAAUUAUGACAAACAGCAUAUGUGCAUACAUAACAUUUGAUUACAAAAUUAUAUAAUAUGCUUUUAUUAUUACAAAAAUAUAAUACAUACUUUUAUUAUUUCUAACUUCAUUAGCAUGAAAGCACAUUUUAAGCACUCAACUAAAAUACAUUGUUAUUUUACCAUUGUAAUGACUAAAUCAAAUGAGUGCAGAGCCAUUUUCUGUAAUUUAACGCUACAGGACAUUUUCUAUAUGCUUUUAUUAAACAUGAUCUUUUUAAGGCGUAAAGACAAGUCCAGAUCAUUAUUAAUUGGUGGUGUUGUCUAAAAAUUUCUAAAAUGUAUCCUUUAUUACUUUUUUUUUGUGUUGCACAGAUCAGUAAUAAAGCUUUAGAAAUCUUAA